AUGUCACCUAUUCUUCUCCUCACUUUUCUUCUACUUCUUCUGUGCUUCCCAUUUUCUUCUUCCUUACAACCCUCUUUGCCUCCAAACUCCUGCACUCAAACAUGCGGGGACCUCCGUCUUCCUUUUCCAUUCUAUGUCAACUCUUCUUGUCAGUCGAUUUCCACCGCUUUCCAUCUCUCCUGCACGAAUUCAUCUACCCUUUUCCUCAGAAUUGGCUCGGUGAGCUACAAAGUCUUGGAAUUCUUCCCGGAUGGCCUGCUGGUGGACUUUCCUGGCUCAUCAUCCUGUAGACAGUACAAUGACUUGAAUUCUUUUGACAGAAGCUUUGCAGGGAAGGACAACUUUGGAGUUUCGGUGGACAAUGUUAUUGGUCUCUAUGACUGUGAGGAUUCCUCUCUCUGCAAAGCAGAUUGUGAAACUAUUGACUUGCCCGGUUGUGAUGGAAGGGGUGGAGGCUCCCUUGCCUGCUGCUAUCCACUCUCCGACCAUACCGUAUGGCAUGUUGGAUAUGGGUUUUCGGUGUUUUCUCAGUUUGGAUGCAGGGGGGUUUCUAGUUGGGCCGUUUUGCGAGGCUCAACUUGGGGAAAACGGGGGGUCAAGUUGGAAUGGGCACUGCCCAGAAACUCCUCUGACCAAGUUUGUGCAAGGAAUGCUGACAUGAUCAAUGCUACAUCAAUCGAAGGAGGAGUGAGAUGUGCCUGUCAAAAUGGAUAUAUCGGUGAUGGUUUUGCUAAUGGAACUGGAUGUUUGCAGGCUUGCAUAAAGGACGGAAAGGAAGCAUAUGGAAGUGACUGCAACAUCAAAAGACAAGAUCAGAGGAAAUUUGUUAUCAUUGCCGGAAUCAUUGGCCCAGUUCUGAUCGUUGCCUCCCUGGUUGCUCUAUUUUAUCUUCUUAAAAGGCCAGCAAAACCGGGGAUGUUUGACACGGAGCAGGCUUACUAUCAAAACAUUUCAAUCCCCAAAGCUUGUAAAACUCGACUGUUCAGCCUCCACGAGCUAGAGGAAGCCACUAAAGGUUUUGAAGAGGUUAAAAAACUUAUGCAUGCCAAUAAUGGGACAAUUUUCGCUGGAGUUUUGAGGGAUGGAUCUCACAUAGCUGUCCACAAAUUACAAUGUGAGAAGAAAGACUUGAUUCAAGUUCUGUCACAGAUCGAAGUUCUGUCCUCUACUGUGCAUAGAAACAUGGCCCGCAUUCUUGGUUGCUGUAUUGAAUCUGGCAACACUCUAGUAGUUUAUGAGUUUCCUUCCAAUGGUACUCUGGAGGAACAUUUACAUCAAAGCAAAGGACAACAACUACGUUUAGAUUGGUACAGGAGAUUGACUAUCGCUGCAGAAACAGCUAGCAUUCUUGCAUUCCUACACUACGAGAACUCUCCUCCCAUAUUUCACCAUAACCUUAAAUCUGCAUGCAUCUUCCUUGAUGAUGAUUAUUCUGUCAAGAUUGCAGGAUUUGGUCUGCUCAACUCCAAUUUUUACUAUGGUUCUCACUUACACAAGAACCACGAAGGCUUUGGCAUCUGCAAAAAUGAUGUCUAUGACAUGGGUGUGUUGCUUCUUGAAAUCAUCUCAGGCUCAAAUCGCUUGGAUUUACCAAGUUCAGCCUUGCAGCAUAUAAGGGCUGGAAAAUUUGAAGAAAUUUUUGACCCUUUUCUUUGCUAUGAUGAACAACCACAGUAUCGGCAAGAGCAAAUGCAGAUCAUUGCUGAUCUUGCCACAAGAUGCCUCUUAUUUGGUGUUGAUGGAAGGUUGGGAAUGGUUGAUGUUGUGAGGGAGUUAGUACACUUGACUAAAGAAAGUCUUGAUGGAGGAAUUAGCAAAGGACCUGCACUGGAAGAGACAUUCUCAAAUUCAAGCCUUCUUCAGAUGAUAUCAAUGUCUCCUGAUUCUAUGAAUGUCCCUUGAAUUUUUCCUCCUUUUUAUGUCCUACUCAGUUUAGUUUUGCCAGUCUAAAAAAGAAGAUAAAGAUCCUUAAUUGUACGUGUUUAUGUGUGAACUGUGACUUCCCUGCCACUGUACAUCCAAUAUUCUGCUACUGACAUACUUCACUAAGGUACAAAAGCAAGUGUAUUCCGUAGCUGUAACUUAAUAAAUUUAAUCAUCUGCUAUUAACAGUCUUAUAACCAUUCAGAUGAAAAUCUCUGUGCAUUCUGAAUGUUUCAAUUUAUUGCAUAUACCGGACUCUGAUU